AUGAAGUUCGGCUUAUCCCUGGCGUGCGCUAUCGGCGCCCUUCCAUUCCUUGUAUCGGCUUAUGACGAGAAGAUCUACGGCGUCAACUUGGGUUCAUGGCUCGUGCUUGAGCCCUGGAUGUUACCAGCAGAAUGGAAGGCCAUGGGUGGACAGACCUGCGACGACUGCUCACAGUGUAUCGCAACCGAAGGCGCAUUCGCAAAGGCGUAUCCCGACUCGGUGGAUCGGAAGUUCGCCAAGCACUGGUCUACUUGGUUCACUCAAAAGCACGUCAAGCAGCUGAAGGAGUACGGUAUCAACACCGUCCGCAUUCCGCUCGGCUACUGGAUAGUCGAAGAACUCGUCGACCGCAAAACAGAGCAUUUCCCCCGCGGCGGCCUUCCCUAUCUCAUCAAAGGUCUGCAAUGGCUCAACGACGCCGGCAUUCGCGUCAUCCUCGACCACCACGCCCUGCCCGGUGCACAAGCCUCGAUGCAAAUGUUCGCGGGUGUCUGUACGAAGACGCCGCAGUUCUUCCAGCCGAAGAAUUAUAAGCGCGCGUUGACGUGGUCGGCGGUUAUGACUGUACUUGCGCAUGUGCAUCCGGCUUUUGCGAGCGUGUUUGCGUUGCAGGCCGUGAAUGAGCCGCUGAUGGACGCUAGUAAGACCCCUGGGUACGGAGAGUUCCAGGUGAACUUCGUACAAACUGUCCGCGCGGUGGAGUCCACACUCGGGAUCAGCUACGAUACUGACGUCGCCAGCGCGCUCGAGUCCGAUCUGGGUCUGGACAAGUCGUACGGCAACGCUCUACCGGACUCGGCAGGCGAUGUCGUCGGAAACCUAUUCGGCGGUGUCAUGAAGAAACGCGCGAAACAAUCUGCCUCAAUAGCGCCGUCGCCACUCACACCCUCCAAACCAGCAUCAGUACCGUCUCGUCGCACUGCGAUGGCGACGUCGGGGUCGCGACGACCGGUGUUGAGACGCAAAGAGGCAAAAUGCGAGUCCAAGCGCAAGUCGGAUGAUGACGGGCCAAGCAGCAAGGCCGCAAGGGAUGCUCUGCAGGAUGCCAUUCCGAUUUUGAGCCGACUCGCGGACUCGUUGGGGAUGCCUGAGCUCGCAAGCAUUGGUUCUGGUUCAGCGCCGGAAGUGCGGGGAGCGGGCGAAGCUCUCUCAACGAACUUCAUGGACGUGAGCUGGCAGUACAACGAUCCGCCCAAUGCAGCGCAGGCGGCUCUGGGUCCGCAGACGUAUGAUAACCACUUGUACUACCUGUAUGGCGGUGUAGCGGAUGCCAACGCCGGAGCAUACCUCGCGAGUAUCUGCAACCUCGACCGUAUCAAGAACGCAAAGAAGUCAGCCGAUACUCCACUCUGGUUCGGCGAGUGGUCGCUGGGCACGAACUUCAACGCGAACGACACCUUCACUCGCGACUGGGCGGAUGCGCAGAAGAUGGCGUUCUCGCAGGGAGCCGGCUGGAUCUUCUGGAACUUCCGCGUCGAAGAGAGUAAGGAGGCCGGUGACCUUGGCAGGGUCUGGUCCUACUUUGAGGGCGUUAAGCGCGGCUUCCUCACUAAAGACCCGUCUGCGUACUUCAACUCACACGUUUGCGACUCUUACCGAAAGUAG